CUGAUAUAUAAAUCAACUUUAGACUGAAAAUGUCAAAAAUAAGAAGAUGUAUUGGAUUCGACGAGAAUGUUGUAUUGGCGAUAAAAUCAUGCUUUUACGAUUAUGAUAUGAGAGAAAUCUGGAUAAAGCAGAAUGAGAGUAAAGCAGUCUAUCAUAGUCGAACUUGCCGAGAACAGUUUGGGGAUGAUGAGGAGAUUCUUGAGAAGGUUUCUACCUCCUGCAGGGCUUGGUUCAAUUCCCUAACAGACAAGGAGGACUGGAGGACUGAAGAAUUAAAAACCAACGAAGCUGAAUUAGAUGAUCCAAUAACUACUGCAACAGAUACUGAGCCGCCAGAAGCUAUAGAGGCAUCUAAAAAUCUGGAGACGGAGGCUGUAUCAUCUAACCUCAAAAAAAUACCCCAGCAGAACAGUAAACUACAAUUUUCAUGUUCAUUUUGCAGCAAAGCAUUUCGUUUAAAAAGCUCACUGGACAAACACAGGACACGGUCGCACAGAACCCUGAUACAGGAACAAAGAAGACAUCAAGGCGGCCAAUUUUUCUGCUCUUUUUGUGGACUAGGUUUUGAUAAGAAACCAAGUAUGCAAAGACACAUUUCUAGGAAGCAUUCAGAAGAAAGCAAUGAAGGACUGGUUGGAGUAGAUGUCACAGUAUCUAAUCCUGUAUCCUGCUCCCAACCAGGCUGUUCUCAUGUACUGCAUAAUAGUUCAGAGUACAAGUCCCAUCUAAGAAACGUUCAUAACUUAACCCGAAGAGGAAGAAGACCGAAGGAACCGUUAGAUCUAGAAUUAGCUAAACUCUUAGGACUAGGUAAUCUUUUAACCUUUCUAGUCAUUCUUUAUAAACCAAUCAAAACAUUUAAAAAUAUCAUAUUUUGAUUUUUUGCAAGUUUC